GAUCCACAACGCUUGAACAUUCCCGAGGCGAGGCGCAUAUCAAUGUUAAGAGCUGCCAUGGCUAAGACAGAAGCGGCGAGAGACCAUUUCCAGCGGGUCAAAAGGCGGAACGGUCUCAUCAGGGACUUUGUUCGAGGCACGUUCGGUUACGUUAAUGCGAAGAAAGAUGCUGCCCAACAAGGCGCGCUUCUGCAGUGGACUCUGGAGCAAAUUUUCUUGAUCGAGGAGGAGAUGGCACAGUCGAAGGUAAUUGAGGCAGGGUCUAGCGCUGCCAAGAGCACGAAAAGGAGCCUCACUCCCGACAUGGAUCAUUUGACCAAACAAAAGUCUAAAAGGCAAAAACUUCACAAGGAGCUGGACUGGCAUUCAAGCAGCAACGAAGGCAUUUUGGCGAAAGACACAGUGGUUCCGGACCCCGGCGUUGUGACAGACCAAGGCCCAGUUGGCGGUUCACAAUCCAAUGUUGGUGUCAGGCGCUCGCUGCGGUCGGUGGAUGACUCUGGGGCAACGUCUCAAGGGCCUCGUCGCAGCACACGAUUUACAAAGUACCAAAAUACUUCUGAGAUGGCUCCCGCGCCCGACAACGCGCAACAAGAAUUGCGCUCAAGGUCAUGCCCGAGGCCUGCAGAACCGUCGAGGCCUCCUUCGUCUGCCGAGGAUACGAAGUCUACGAGGAGGGGAGCUAAGAUCAACAACCAGCAAGGCGCGGCCAAGCCCAAAGGAGUAUCGAAAACGCGACGACGGCGAAGGCCUGUUAAUAAACGCGGGUGAGGUUGGUUUAAAACUCGGGUUUAUUACUCGUUAACCUGGAGAGUCGCCCUCACAGGCUGGUACAAAGUGCCAUAAACGUCGGUUGAUGCAUG